AUGUUCAAUAUCGCCGAGGGCAACGGUUUGAAGCAUGGCUAUCAUGAUGAGAUUUUGAACAAGACGGGCGGGGAUUCUCUUGGAGUAAUGGGUGAAUCAAGCCUCAUGUACCGUGGAUCGCUCAACAGAGAUGGCUCUGAAACCAAGCGUCCUUCUUUGCAAACGGCUGAAUGUGUCACCCACCCUCAUCCUCACUCUAUCUACCCUGUUUCUGCGCCUCACCCGUUGCUUCGUUUGCAAAAGGUCAGAGCGCCCAUGUCCACCUAG